GUAGGAUGUUUUGUUAUAAAUAGGCAAAGGGAAACCUCUUGAAACCACAGCAGAACAAAGCUAGCCAAAGCUCAAACAACAGUGUUAUAUUUCUCUCUCACACACUUGUUCUCCAUCUCUUAUCACAACUAGUUUGUACCUGAAUCCAAUGGCAAUCCCAGUGAUUGAUUUCUCAAAGCUCAAUGGGGAAGAAAGAGCCAAAACUAUGGCACAGAUUCAUAAUGGAUGUGAAGAAUGGGGAUUCUUCCAGUUGAUCAACCAUGGCAUUCCAGAGGAACUCCUUGAGAGGGUGAAGAAGGUUUGCUCUGAGUUCUAUAAGCUGGAAAGAGAGGAAAAUUUCAAGAAUUCGAAGACAGUGAAGCUGCUAAACGAAUUAGCUGAAAAGAAGAGCAGUGAAAAAGUGGAGCAUGCGGACUGGGAGGAUGUUAUCACUCUCCUGGAUGAUAACGAAUGGCCAGAAAAUACACCAGAUUUCAGGGAAACCAUGGCAGAAUAUCGGUCUGAGUUAAAGAAACUAGCACAGAGGAUCAUGGAAGUGAUGGAUGAGAAUCUGGGCUUACCUAAAGGAUUCAUCAAGAAAGCAUUCAAUGGUGGAGAUGGAGACAAUGCAUUCUUUGGCACAAAGGUCAGCCACUACCCACCCUGCCCCUACCCAGAGCUCGUGAAUGGUCUGCGAGCUCACACUGAUGCAGGAGGCGUCAUCUUGCUGUUCCAAGAUGAUAAGGUGGGUGGCCUUCAGAUGCUCAAAGGUGGAGAAUGGAUUGAUGUCCAACCUUUGCCAAAUGCCAUUGUCAUCAACACUGGUGACCAGAUUGAGGUUCUGAGCAAUGGCAGGUACAAGAGUUGUUGGCACAGGGUUCUGGGGUCUCCCAGUGGGAACAGGAGAUCAGUGGCAUCCUUCUAUAACCCAUCACUCAAGGCCACGAUAAGUCCUGCACCACAAUUGGUGGUGGAGAAAGAAAACCAAGAAGUGGAAGACACUUAUCCUGAGUUUGUUUUUGGUGACUACAUGUCUGUCUAUGCUGAGCAGAAGUUCCUCCCCAAGGAACCAAGGUUUCAAGCUGUUCGGGCCAAGUGAGAAAAGCACUUGCUUUUCUAUACAAAAUACACCCCCACCCAAAAAAAAAACUGUUUUUUUUUCCUUUAUGUUUUACUUAACUUACGGGUCUUGAUACUGUAAGACAUGUUUGAUUAUAGGAAAGAAUACCACAUGGUUUCCAUUUCUCUUUAUAAAGUUCACCAUAAUGGAACCAAAGUGGGUAUUAGUAUUCUGGUUUUAUUUUAGAGUAUUGUGUUAUCUUUCAAUGUCUUGGCUUGCAUUGUAUAAUAGUGCUAUCUAUUACAUAAAUUCUAAUCUGAAGUUGUCUAUCUCAUAAA